AUGGAGACCGCCAAGAACGUCACCAAGGGGGCCGUAGCGGAAACUUCAACCUUGGAAAAGAAAACAGAGAAGAGAUUGACGCUACUCUGGCACGAAAUCGCCCCCUGGCAGCAAGACAACCAACACAUCCACAGCGGCUACCGACCAGCCUCAAACUCCUACCUCAAAUCCGCCUCCAGUCUCGGCUACCUGCACAACGAGACCGUAAACAUCUACACGCAUCUCAUCGGCGCUCUUCUCGCCAUCGCGAGCAUUUUCCCGCUCUACCACCAGCUGCAGCCCCGCUACUCGCUCGCAGGCAAAGACGACGUGCUAGUCUUCAGCUGCUUCUUCUUCGGCGCCGCCGCAUGUCUAGGCAUCUCGGCGACGUACCACACGAUAUCAAACCAUUCAGAGAUUGUGCAGAGCUUUGGCAACAAGCUCGACUACCUCGGCAUCGUUUUCUUGAUCUGGGGUAGUUUUAUCCCGAGCAUCUACUACGGGUUUCAGGCGGAUCCGCAGUUCAUUGGCGGCUACUGGACUAUGAUCACGAGCAUAGGCGCAGGCUGCGGCAUAGUCUGUGUGUCGCCCAGAUUCCGCACCUCUGAAUGGCGGCCGCUGCGCGCAGGGCUGUUUGUAGCGAUGGGCCUCUCGGCCAUUAUUCCUGUCCUGCACGGGUCAAGGCUUUACGGCCUGCGCCAGUUCAACCUCUCGAUCGGCCUUUCGUGGCUGGUCUUGCAAGGGGCGCUGUAUAUUGCCGGCGCGGCCAUUUAUGCUGCCCGUAUUCCGGAGCGGCUGCGGCCGGGCCGCUUCGAUAUCUGGGGCAGCUCGCACCAGAUCUUCCAUGUGUUGGUGGUACUGGCUGCGUUCGCGCAUCUGGUGGGGUUGCUCAAAGCAUUUGACUACCAGCACGGACUGCGUGAUCCGGUCUCCCACCGGCCGCUGCUGGGUGGGAUGUGGUAUUGA